UUUUUUUUUCCCAAGUACCAUAGUGUCUCUAUUGUAAGAAUAAUAUAUAUAUACUGUGUGUGUAUAUAUACACACUAUAUUGCCAAACGUAUUGGAGCACUCCUCAAAAUCAUUGGAUUCAGGUGUUCCAAUCACCUUCAUGGCCACAGGCAUGAAGACUGGUUCUCUACAAACAUUUGUGAAAGAAUGGGUUACUCUAAGGAGCUCAGUGAAUUCAAGCGUGGUACCGUGAUAGGUUGCCACCUGUGCAAUAAGUCCAUUCAUGAAAUUUCCUUGCUACUAAAUAUUCCACGGUCAUCUGUUAGUGGUAAUAUAACAAAGUGGAAGAAACCGGGAACAACAGAAACUCAGCACGAAGUGGUAGGCCAUAUAAAAUGACAGAGUGGGGUCAGCACAUGCUGAUGCGCACAGUGUGCUGAAGUCACCAACUGUCUACAGAUUCAAUAG